AUGACCCAGCCCACCCUAGCGACAGCGGUCGACAUUCGGCAUGUCUACACUGAAGACACACACACGAUUACCCUACUGAUUCUCCCGGGAGGGCCUGGCCCAAUCAACCUGACACUGAACCUCUGUCGCCACGACACGUCUCUGAAUACGAGCAGACCCGCCGUGACCUCUCUCAUACCCAGCCAGAGCCGUGUUCAGCGCAGCCGGGCAUUCUCAGACGCCGCAACCGUUCCCGAUUCCCAACCUCCGGAGUACCCGCUCGAGACGCAGGAUAUUGACGCGGUCCUCAUCACAGCUCACUCUGAUCCACUCGCACCUCUACCUUCACCUCGCGCAAUGCGAACCUUCUCAAAUGCGACAACCGAACUGGAUUCCGAGCCAGCUCUUGGACCAACCACAUCCCCGGGCGGGCAAGUCACUGGCACGCAGAGGCUCUCUCCGCUGGCGAUAAUGGGGCCCGAAUCAGAACCUGCAGAGUCCCCAGCUUCGAAAAUCCCAGACCAGCUUGCCACGUCAGCCCUGCUCGGGCUCGGGAUAAAUACACCGCGCACGUCGUCGUCCGACGCCCCCGAGUCCUCCGUUCCCAAUCGCACGGACUGGCCGGUUGACUCACAAGGCCUCCCGACUACCCAGGCGAUGUACGAGAUGUUCGGCGUGCCAUGGCCCCCUACAAUGGAAGACGGUGGGAUGAGCAACGGUUGGGACUCCGAGUCGGAGGAUGGGCAGGAGGAUGGGUGCGUGGGUGGACACACAGGCACAACCUGUUAA